CACACACAGGCAGGCAGGUCAAAAAUAGCAACAUCCACGGCACACAGUUACAGGCUCACAGCCCCCUGCAUAUAAGAUGGCUGCACUCUCCGGUCGUUACAUGGAGUUCCACGAUGUCCAUGGGGCCAACGUGAGGAUAGACCCUACGGGAACGCAGGCCACCCGAGUGGAGAGCUUCGCCAACGGGGUCUGCUUCAGCAAACAGCCACUGCUGCCUGGGGAGCUCUUCCUCGUGGAGAUCGAGGAGAAGGAGCUUGGCUGGUGUGGCCACCUGAGGGUUGGGCUGACCGGCAUUGACCCCCGGAGCCUGGAGGUGGUGCCCGAAUACUCCCUCCCGGACCUGGUCAGCCUGGGUGACAGCUGGAUAUUCGCCAUCACCCGCAACCACAACCGGGCCCCUCCGGAGGAAGGGGAGGAGGAAGAGGGGGUGUCCCGCAGGUCCAAGGACUUCUUCACCGCCUCCCACCUGCAGAUCGGGAGCACGCGCAUCCCCAUGGACAAGCUGGUUGGGCGCAGCCGGCCCGGGAGGUUCAGCCACAUCCUGGACGACUUGUACAAGACCAACGCCUUGCCCCCCACAGCCCGCAGGAGCAGGAUCGGGGUGCUGUACGUGCCCAGGGCCCAGGGCACUGCCGACAUGCACAUCGUGAUCAACGGAGAGGACAUGGGGCCCUGCUCACGGGGGAUCCCCGCGCACCAGCCGCUCUACGCUGUGGUGGACGUCUUCGCAGCCACCAAGAGCGUGAGGGUCGUCCAGCUGGAGUACGGCUUUGCCUCCCUACAGACUCUGUGCCGGCAGAUCAUUCAGAAGCACAUUGUGCACAGGACAGCCAUCGCCUGGCUCGAUCUGCCUCAGCUUCUGAAGCACGUCUGCAUGUAUGAGUGAAGAAAGGGGAGCGCUAUACUCCACAGCUGAGCUGGGAUGGGUACGUCUGGGGGGGGGGGGGGCUCUCACUCUGCAGCCUUCCCUUAGAUUGUCUGGGGCUGGCUGGGGCUGGCUGCUAGGGUUCUGUUCAUUAUGUGAAUGAAGACUUUACAUUGAUGUGUGUGUGUGUGUGUGUGUGUGUGUGUGUGUGUGUGUGUGUGUGUGUGUGUGUGUGUGUGUGUGUUACAGCGUCUAAAAUAAAACAGGACAACUUGUAAAUGUGUUGUCUGGUUUUAUACCUGUGAAGUUACUGGUAAAGCAGGAUAAUUAAGUUCCCUUUUGAAGUUUUACUUUGUAAACUAUAAUUGCGUGUUGGAAAAUGUAUAUGCUUUCAAGGCCUUACUGUAUUCCUGUAUUUUGUCAUCUCCUAAUAAAACAUGACUUCUGCA